AUGGCUUCUUCGACGCAGGCCGCGGCUGCUGCGGUGGGGACGCCUUCUCGCCCUGUCCGUAGCAGCAGGCGUCAAAUCAGAUCGUACAACGAAAGCUCAUCGUCCGAGUCGAGUGAGGACGAGCACGACCAGCGGGCGAGUCCUCGCCGUGCGAGUGUCAAUCGAAAUAACCGCCCCAAGCGUGCAACCCAGGCCCCCCGAACAUACAGAGAGCCGUCCUCCGACGAAGACUUGGACCGCGUUAUUUCUCGCUAUCCCGAAAUGGUCACGACCAGCGCAAACACGCAAUCCUCUCCUCGGCCUUCUCGGUCGACUGUACAGCAAGCGUCGCCGUCCAAAAGAAAGAAAACUACUGUGCAAUCGCCUCGAAAGCGUCGACAUGCCGACUCUUCAACCGGCCCGACGACUAUCACCGAUGUGAAUGAAUCGGCACCUCCUUGGCACACCCUGCCAUAUCACAUUCUUCUUAGUAUUUUCCUGCAUGCGUUUCAUCCACUGGCCGACUCAAGACAAGGUUCUCAUGCUAAUCCGACAAAAAAGCUCUUGGAUGUUGCCUUGCUAUGUCGCGCCUUUGCAGAGCCAGCAUUGAGCGCUUUAUACCACACCCCACCGCUCGUGUCUUCGUUGAAGGCCCAUAAGGUUCUUUAUCUCUUGUCUCAACCUGUCGAGAGCUUAUCCAUCAACUACGCUUCCAAGGUACAGGAGCUUCUUAUAGAUGUACGCCUUACCUUGAUGUACAAAACAGGGCCAACAUACGGUUAUUUCGAUCUUUGCAAACUCAUACAGAAAGUGCCACAUCUCAAGACACUUCGACUGUUUGAUCAGCUUGACGGUAAAUCCCCUCUGGCCUGGUCAGAACCUACUCUCCGGUGGAACUACCCCGUGUCGUUGUUUGACACACUGAAAAAGUGCAAUGUUCGUCUUCAUACCUUUGACUGGAAUUGUCGAUAUAUGGAGCCACAGUCAAUUAUUGACAGCAUGCUAAAACACCAUGUCGAACCACCGUUCCAAGCUAUCCGCCAUUUGAAUUUUUUCCACAUCCCUUCAGGUGAUGGAACAAGUGAAUACCCUGAAGCACUCGAGGACAUAAUUGAAACGGGAUUGGGUGACGCCUUGUGUCGGCUCCCGAAUCUACAAUCGGUAACGUUCACUGAUUGUACCGCAGUCAAUGAACUACUUUUCCUUUCUAUGCCAUCGAAAUUAAGCUCAUUGACUCUUGACAACUGUGACGAGGUUGGCACAAUAGCUUUCGUGGGGUUUUUGAACAAUCAUGGGGGUUCUUUGCGUGAAUUGGUUCUUAAGCACAACCGACAUCUUAAUAUGUCAUUCAUGACAAUUUUGAAAGACGCAUGCCCGAAUCUAGAAAGGCUUUCCGUUGACUUACUUAUGCACAACUGGCCCCCGCAUUAUAACGGAAUGCCUCAUUUCAACAGUCUUCUCAAGGCUGAUGAGGUCCCAACUUGGCCUGGAGCACUGCAAGAACUAGAGUUGCUGCAAUUGCGCCAAUGGGAUAAACCACGAGCAGCGACGUUUUUAACUUCUCUCGUUAAUGCGGCCCCAGAUCUUAAGGAUUUGCGAAGAAUUGUCAUUAGCGCCACAGUACAUAUGGGCUGGCAGGACAGAGCUUCAUUCCGUCGACAAUGGAUAAAUAAACUGGAGCAUACUUUCCUCCGGAGAGAUAAACCACCCGAUCCCAAUACAGCAGUCAACUCCGACCUCGAGCAUGCCUCUUUAGGGGCUUGUGGCCAGAGAUUCUCGCACCGGCAAAGUGCUCGGUUGGCUAUGCAGCGACUAUCAGAAGUUGAUGAUAACGACGACGAUGAUGAAGAGAGAGAUCGCAAUGCGGACAGCGAUGAAGAGAAGAUAGCCGAGAGCAAAGAAGGUUAUGUCCAGGGAAUGUGUGACGUCGUGUCAUUAAGAAUAGACAAUUUGAGGCCCGCCGAUACCCAAUUCAGCGAGGGUGACUUUCUAGAUUCGGAGCAGAGUGGUGAUGAAGAUUGGGAGGGAGAAGAUUGGGAGCCAGAAAAUGACAGACACGCGUGGUGA